CAUUGUUCAUAAGCUCAUAUAUAUUUAUCCAUUUCCCAUUUAGUUGCGUUAGUGAUUAUCGCCACAGUAGAUUCUCUAAAAGAUCAGUUUUUUUUCCGCUGAUUUUCCUCGCAGCAAUUCAUACUCCAACCUGAUCUACUACUUUGCCCUUUCCAGCUAGAAUUUUUGAGACUUCCAACAGUAUUUUUCUCCCCUUUGUUUCCUCUUCCACUUUUGUUGGAUUCUGACAUAGUCGUAUUCUAGUUCAUGUUCCUGUUUUCUCAAUCGUAGUUGUUGUAUUAUCUGCUGAAGUUUAUUGGGUAUGUUUUCUUAUUGAGCUCUGUUGGGGUUUGAAGUGAAGGUUUUUCCUUUUACUUUUCUUUAAUCUUAUUUAUUUAUUAGCUCUUUGGGAUAUUUCUUUGCAUUUUGAUCAUUCCCUCUUGAUCCGGGAGUUCUAGUGCAAGUGUGGUUUUCCCUUUUUUCUGGGGUUUUGAAGUGGAAGUGGGAGUUCGGUUGAUUUGGAUUAUACCCGAGAGAAGGGGCUGGUUGAUGCAGCUUUUGCUUAAAUAAUUAAAAGUUCUUUUAUGCUUAGUUUUGAAGAUGCUGCCUGAUCAGAGAAAAAAGUCAUCUGUGGAAGUAGACUUCUUUACUGAAUAUGGUGAAGGGAGCAGAUACAGAAUAGAGGAAGUAAUUGGUAAAGGAAGCUAUGGUGUUGUUUGUUCUGCAUAUGAUUCUCACACAGGAGAAAAAGUUGCAAUUAAGAAAAUCAAUGACAUAUUUGAACAUGUUUCUGAUGCUACUCGCAUUCUUCGUGAGAUUAAGCUUCUUAGACUCUUACGUCAUCCGGAUAUUGUGGAGAUCAAACAUAUUUUGUUACCACCUUCUAGAAGGGAAUUCAAAGAUAUAUAUGUUGUUUUUGAACUCAUGGAAUCUGAUUUGCAUCAGGUCAUCAAAGCAAAUGAUGAUCUGACACCAGAGCAUUACCAGUUUUUCCUCUAUCAGCUUCUCCGAGGCUUGAAGUAUAUACAUACAGCAAACGUUUUUCACCGAGACCUAAAGCCAAAAAACAUUCUAGCAAAUGCUGACUGCAAACUGAAGAUUUGUGACUUUGGUCUUGCCAGAGUGGCUUUUAAUGAUACACCCACUGCCAUAUUCUGGACAGAUUAUGUUGCAACAAGGUGGUAUAGGGCCCCUGAGCUGUGCGGAUCCUUUUUUUCGAAGUAUACACCAGCUAUAGACAUAUGGAGCAUUGGCUGCAUUUUUGCAGAACUUUUGACUGGAAAGCCUCUUUUCCCUGGGAAGAAUGUUGUCCAUCAAUUGGAUCUCAUGACUGAUCUUCUUGGAACACCAUCUCUUGAAGCCAUUGCUAGGGUAAGGAAUGAGAAAGCUCGGAGAUACUUGAGCAGCAUGCGCAAGAAGAAGCCAGUUCCUUUCUCCCAGAAGUUUCCUAAUGCAGACCCCCUUGCUCUUCGUUUAUUAGAAAGAAUGCUGGCCUUUGAGCCUAAAGAUCGGCCUUCUGCUGAAGAGGCGUUAGCGGAUCCAUAUUUUAAAGGCUUGGCCAAGGUUGAGAGAGAACCUUCUGCCCAGCCAGUUACAAAGAUGGAAUUUGAGUUUGAGAGACGCAGGAUAACAAAGGAAGAUGUACGAGAACUUAUAUACCGUGAGAUUCUAGAGUACCAUCCAAAGAUGUUAAAGGAAUUUCUAGAGGGAGCAGAGCCAACAGGUUUCAUGUAUCCUAGUGCUGUGGACCACUUCAAGAAACAAUUUGCAUAUCUUGAGGAGCAUUACGGCAAAGGUGGAACUGUUGUUCCACCAGAGAGGCAACAUGCAUCGUUACCCAGACCAUGUGUGUUGUAUUCAGAUAACUCGGUACAGAAUACGGCUGAGGUGGCAAAUGAUCUAUCCAAGUGUUGUAUCAAAGAAGUUGAGAAACCACCCAUGGAUAGGAGCAGCGCUGUCCCUAUGACUCGCCUUCCUUUGCAAGCUCCUCAAAAUAUUCAAGGUGCUGCGGCAAGGCCUGGAAAAGUUGUUGGUUCAGUAAUACGCUACAACAACUGUGGGGUAGCAGUAACAGCAGAGACUGAGCAGCGGAGGGUUGUUAGGAAUCCAACUGUUUCAGCUCAGUAUGCUGCUUCGAGCUGCUCAUAUCCGAGGAGAAGCAACCCUAGCUGUAAAAAUGAGAGGGCGGAAGAUGAUGGGAUUGAAGGCUCGAACGGACUGCAGCCAAAGCCUCAAUACAUGGCAAGAAAAGUUGCAGCUGCUCAAGGAGGACCUGGUGGUCAAUGGUAUUGAACAUUGGAUAUGAUGAACAUGUGGCCAACAACAACUGCAUUGCGCUAUGAAGCUCUCCUACACACUUAAUCUUUGAUUAUCUUAAAAGUAAUUUGAAGUGGCAUAACCUUGAUCACCAUGAAACAGCUGAAGAGCUUUAAGAGACUCAAGAUUUUAAGAAGUUUGUAGCUCUUAGGUCAUGCGAAAUUUGCAUAAUCAAUUUGAAAGUUAGAAGGGGUUCUCCCCAUGAUCCAAUUGAUGGUUUACUUUGCACUCUAAUUGGUUGAUUACAGAUAACUGAAGCCUGAAGCUAGAGUAGUUGCUUCACUGCAGAACAGAAGUCUUUAGUUUUGUAUUAUUAGUAUAUCAUUCAUUUGGCACAAUUCCAAUGAUAUAUGUAUUAUUUUAAUCUAAUCUUAGUCAAGAUCAAGGUACCCUCUUAUGUAUGUUCAACAAAGUGGCUAGAGAAUUUUAAUUCAACAAAUGCAUUAUCUUUCUCAA